UCAAGGAGUGGCACUUCCUGUAGCCUGCAAUUGGUUGAAUCGAGAAGUACCGUUGCGAACAGGAGCCAGCCAGGAGUAGUAGUUCUGGUUCAUCAUAGAACAUAGACAGAUGAUUUGGGAUUAGUUUAUCUAUCUACAGAGAACUGGACGGUCAUUUUCCACAAAAAUCCCUUCGUCUUCAACAACAGUAGCAAGACUCAACAAAAAAAGGAGCUCUAGUUAAUAGCGCGUGUCUAAGUAUUAAUCUGGACAACAAUACUGUGUGUCGGUAAACAGCUGAGCCUGUCAUGACACAUUAUCUUACAUUGACAGUUAUGCGAGUGACAAUCAUUUUAUUAGUUAUUAGAAACAGUUGUUCUCUUCCUGAUCAAAAAACCGCAGGAAAAAGGAGGAAGGCCAAUCCGGAUGAGGACGCAGUUAUCGAAAAAUCUGAGAACUGUGCAGUUUGGUUGCCUAAUGCUGGGGAUGGAUGGCCUAAGGAAACAAAACAAAGUAUACCUUUAAAAAGUCAUUACACCUUGAACAUCUGCCAUGAAUUCUGGAGAUGGCAACAAACAAAAUAUUUCUGCUUACAUUUCAGUGUCUGCUCAAAACACUUGGACUGCUGCCGAGAGAGAGAGAGAGAGAGAAAAAUUUUAUCUAAAAAAGUCAAAGGAAGAGGAACAUUAAAAAAGAUAUUUCAUCCAUAUUUAGUAGUAAUUUAAGACAGGUUGAAUGGCGUUUUGAUAUUUCCUUUUCAAGUAUAGGAAUUAUGAGAAAAUGCCAAUGAAACCUUUCUGUUUAAACACCCAUAUGGAACAAAGUGGCAAGUUGACCAUAAUGGAUCACUCAAGUUACACAAGUUUCUAGUUCUGGGAAAAUAUAAUGAAAAUAGACACUUAAUAGCAUGUCAGGAAGUAUAAAAUUAUAUAUAAGACAACUGUCAGUGCUGUAAAAAGCAAAUAAUAAGUUAAUUUUCAAACAUCAAAGGAUGAAAGAGGCAGGGCAGCCAGUUGUAAAAUUCUCAU